GCGCCAGUGCCGCCGGGGAGGGGGGCGGAGGCUGCGCGCAUGCGUCCUGCCGGCGCGCGCGGCCCGCUUUAUAGGCGCGUGGCGGAGGCGGCGGGCUCUGGGUGUGCGGCGGGAGCAUGGCGCGGCCCCGGCUGCUGCUGCUGCUGCUGCUGCUGCUCCCCGCGCUGCUGCUGCUGCUGCCGCCGCCCGGGAGCGGCGAGAGCGGGCGGGCGGGGCCCUCCUCCCCAUUGGCUCCCGCCGCGCGCUCCCCGCGCACGCCCUCGGCUCUCAUUGGCUGGCGCCGCCGGCGGCUCAGGUGCGCGCCUCGAGGGGGCUGCGGGGGCCUCGCCUCAGGGGGGGCCGGGGCCGGGGCCGGGGUCGGGGCCUGGGGGGCUCUGGCGGCUCCCCUCAGCCCCAGCCCCGGCCCCGCGGGCUGCGGCCCCGGCCUGUUCCGCUGCGAGGAGCCGCGCGGCGAGUGCUUCCCCCGCGAGUGGAUCUGUGACGGUCACCCCGACUGCCUGGACGAGCGCGACGAGCGGGGCUGCGAGGCCAGCGGGAGCCCGGCGGGGCCGGGUGCUGCCAUCACAGAGGCUUCAGCUACCCCUGUGCCUGGGCACACUCUGCCAUCGAGGAGUCAAAGCUGCACGUGGGUGUUGAUUAUUGCAGUGCUCCUGAGCUGCCUGGUAGCUGUGGGUGGUGUCGUUGCAUGGGCCCAGUCCAAAGCAAAAAGCAGGUCUGACAUCUUCAGUCUUGAAGAAGCAUCAACUGAAGAACAGUUGAUAUCUGACAAGAGCCAGGCAGGCUUAUUUUCCUGAAAGGGAUCUUUUGCUGCGAAGCGAUAAGAUGGGACUAAGUUCAUUUCCCUCUCACUCAUCACAGAAGCUGACUGAAUUUGCACGUUAAGCUCUCCAGUCUGGUUUGUUGUUACAUUAGAACGCUCCCCUUGGAAAUGGGUCUGAGGUUGUGCAACUGCUUUUGCACUGGAAACUGCGCAGGACCUUCCCUGGUGAAAUCACCCCUCAUAAAGGUGACAAAUCCCCUCAUUGUUCUUGCCUGCGAGGAUUGUUAACGCGGCUUCUCAUCGGCGUGGCCUUGGACCCAAAGAUUUUAUUCUCCGUGAAACUGGAGGUGCAGUGCCAGGUGCUACUGCUUUCUUCCACCUCCAAACAGGAGCCUUUUGUUGCAGCCCCGUUCUUCUGCCAGGAUUUUGUCAGGUGUCAGGGAGCAGAAGUUUUCUCUCCCCUUUCAGUAGGAGCUCACUGAACCCGCACAGAUGGGACGUACGCUCUGUGUUCACACUGGUGUUCCGACGCUGCUCAGUCCAACGCGCUGUCUGACAGGCCGGCCACGGGGAUGAAAGCUGAAAAGCUUCCUGUCCACCUGAGCUCUGCGUGCUGCUCUGUCACCCCCAGCCAGCACCUCAGCACACUCCCUGCCGGCAAGGAUCUCACCACCGGCAGAACAGCACCUUCACCCCAGUGCUGAUUUCUGGAUGUCGUUUCUCUGGCGUUGGAGCUGUCAUCCUUAGGCCUCUUUUGCUGGAGGUUUUGAGUGUCUGGUAUCUUUGGUUUUCAGCUUGAAAUAACUGGUGUCUUGGGUCCAAUGCUGUUGCCUCCGCUUUGCGGCACUCCCAACUGUUCGUGGCUGGCUCGGUGUGCGCUUUUGAGAAGAACUGACAGCAUCAGAGGAGAUGACUGACCCGUGCCUCUAACUCAGCACUGAGCUCUCCUCCGUGUGUUCCUUGCACAAGUGUUUAAUGCGUGUCAAAGGCACAAAGCUGCUGCCUCGUCUGUUGCAUUCUGUGCCCUGAGCUGAGAACCUGGCUUGCCAUGCAAACUCCUGUCAUCAGCCUUAGGGCAGGAGUCUCUUGCUCUUGGAUAGUGUGCAAGCGCGCAGCUGUAACUCAUGUGAGAAACUUCUAUAUGAGGUGUUGGAGGACUGGGCCAUGCCAGAAUGGUUAUUUUUAGUACCAAGAGGUCAUUUGCAAGGGUACACACAACCUUGUCUCUGUUUCUAUAGGGACAAUUGGAGCUAGCUGUUGGUGAAUGACACAGGAAAAUAAAGAACUUGAGACUAAUGACAUCU